AUGGCGGAGACGUCGCGCAUCUUGAGGUGCAGGACGCACUACAGUGUGCUCAACCUCGAUCGAGCUGACUAUGAGCCCGUUUUUGCUGACGCUCAACAAGUGCGCAGACGCUACAAAGAGCUGGCGAUUCUUGUGCAUCCGGACAAAAAUCGUGCUACUGAUGCUGAGGCGGCAUUCAAGCGACUGGGGGAGGCGUAUGAGUGUCUAGUGGAUGAAAACCUGCAGCGUCACUAUUUGCGACAAUUGCAAAGCCGUGCACUACGAAGUGGGUCGACUUCAAACCCGCAGAAGAAUCGUACAAAGUGGAAGAAAAGGUCCAAAGCAAGACCAGAGAAUGACACUAGCGACGCAGUGCCACGAAGACAGCGGACACCCGAAGAGAUUUGGCAGGUGUUCCAGCGUGAAGAGGAAGAAAUGGCACGACGACAGUUCCUGGUUGAGGGGUUCGAUAGGGUGUAUCCGUCGUCGUCGACGCAUACUAAUGAUUUAGCUAGCUCUGUUACAUCGUUGGAGGAGCAACAUCACAUUCUAGAGUCCAAUCUGGAUGCCAGGGCGGCGAAAUGGGCGGUAUGGAGCAAUCCAACCUCGAAACGGAUACGGCUGACGACGGUCCCAGAAUUGGCACAUGAGACUGACGUAAAUUUGACAGCUGAGACUGUUAGAAACGUUGCGGCACAAGUAAUAUGUUGCACGCUAUGCCGCCGGAAAUUCGCGACCAAUGAGGCGCUAAGGAGACAUGAAGCUCUUUCCAAGUUGCAUCAGGCUAAUGUUCAGUCCGAGCAUCAAAGGUUACGUGAUAGUCCAUAG